UGUUUUUGUCCCCUAUAUAAUAAUAAUAAUAACGGCGUAUUUUUUAAGCUUCUUCAUUUUCGUCAAACAAGUAUCCAAAGCACUCCUUCGAGUUCUCCAAAAUGGCUCAGAUGAAAGUUGUAAUGAAGGUGCUAACCAUGUCUGAUGAAAAGACAAAGCAGAAAGCCAUAGAAGCUGCAGCUGAUAUUUUAGGUGUAGAUUCAAUAGCAGCAGAUCUAAAGGAGCAAAAAUUAACAGUGAUAGGAGAGAUGGAUGCAGUAGCAGUGGUGAAGAAAUUGAAAAAAGCUGUUGGUAAAGUUGAUAUAUUAUCAGUGGGACCAGCUAAGGAAGAGAAGAAGGAAGAAAAAAAGGAAGAGAAAAAAGAGGAAAAGAAAGAAGAAAAAAAGGAAGAGAAGAAGGAGGAAAAGAAAGAAGAGAAGAAAGAAGAAGCAAAGUGAAAGAUCAUCUCUAUUUGAAGUAUUCAAAUUGCAACUAUGAAUCGGCUACUUUUUUGGUCUUUUUUUUUUUUUUUUUUUAGAGAAAAUAAAAUGUUAGAGAAACUUUUUGCUUGAUUCUUGCUGUUACAUAAUUAAUAAUUACUCUUUUUUUAUUGGUGGUAUAAUGUUGGAAAUAUGAAAUCUAUUUUAUUU